CCGAGAGGAAGAUAUCCCUUUUGGAGAUAUGCAAGAAAAUGGAGGAAGGAGGGAAGAUUCUUUGUCUCACUUCUUUCAACCAUAUUGGUAUGGACCCAUCGUGUGAUUUAAUUAAAUGCAUUCCUAACAACACGCAACCCUUGUGGUUUUUCUCUAGUCUCUCUCCCUUCCCUUUCCUUCCAACAGAACCCACCAAGCAUGGCCGGCCUUUCACAUAACAGUAGCUGCAGCUGCUCUCCCAUGACCUCAUAAACCCCUCUCUCUCCUCUCGUCUCCUCUACUCCCUUUCCCACCACACACAUCUCAAUCGUCAACCAAACCCUGAAAUGAAACCAACCAAAUUGGAUGGUAACUGUAAUGGAUUAGUUGAAUAAAACUGAUUCACUAUCAACCCUUUUUCCUUUUUUGGUUUUGAUUUCUUCUUCCUCUUCUUUUCUGGGUUUGAUCGUUAUCCAUCAAUCUCAGAAUUCUGGAUUCGGAUUCUGAUUCUGAUUCUUCCCCAGUACCAGUAGUCAAUAAUGGAUUCCGUUCAAUCUGAUUGGGUUUGUCUGGGUUCAGACUUAACAGACCUGAUCCUCUCCUACCUACCCAUUCGAUCCAUCGUCAGAGCCAGCGCAGUCUGCAAGCUCUGGCGCUCCGUCGUCACGGGCGCCUCAUUCUCCACCCGCGUCUCUCUAGCCAAGAAGCCAUGGUUCUUCCUCUUCGGCCAAAACAAUAUCUUCAUCAAGAACAACCAGGCCUUCGCCUUCGACCCUGAAGCCAACGAGUGGAUUCGCCUCCCCUCCAGCCUCUGCCCCUGUCCUUGCCAAGAAGAAUCCUUCCUGGGCUCCGGUGGUUUCUUCUUCACCACCACCUCUUCCACCACUUCUCGCUUCAGCUUCUCCCCCAUCCUCUGCGGUUUAUGGCGUGAGACCUCGCCCCUCCGGUUCUCUCGCUGUAAUCCCCUCGUUGGUGUCUUCGACGACGAGUCUGGUAUCUCUCGGUUCAUCGUCGUCGGUGGAGUCAGAUUCAUUGGUGGCCUUGUCGACAUCGAGGACCGCUUGGCCGUUGAGAUCUACGACCCUAAGAUUGACACCUGGGAGCUCUGCCCUCCAUUGCCGGCGGACUUCAGAUCUGGAAACUCGUCUCAGUGGCUCACAUCUGCUCUAUUCAAAGGCAAGUUCUUCGUCUUUGGUAUCUACUCCUGUUUCGUAUCCUCCUUCGAUCUGAAGCUUCACUUGUGGAGCGAAGUACAGACGCUGAGGCCACCUGGGGUGAUGUUCUCGUUCUUGCUGGCUUGCACGGACCAGCUUGUCCUCGCGGGUCUCUGCAACAACCCAACAGGCCCGUCUUUUAAUCUGUGGAGGGUCGAUGAAGAGACUAUGGAAUUCAGUGAGAUUGCGAUCAUGCCUCAGGAUUUACUGAAUUGCUUGUUUGAUAGUGACGAGGACGAGAAAUUUGCGAGCUUGAAGUGUGUAGGAUUGGGGAAUCUGAUCUAUGUGUUCAAUGAAGAACAUCACAGAAUAUACCCAGCUUGUGUUUGCGAGAUUAGCAGCGAGUCCAGUAAGUGCAGCUGGAGAAAGUUACCAGAUUUGCCAGAACCAGUGAAUCGAUUUCACAAGGUUAUUAGCUUCUGUUCUCAGAUUCCGCUUCACAGUCUUCUCAGGGAUGAUGAUGACGGAGAAGAGAUAAGAUACUAAGCUAAGAAAAUUGGGCUGGGUCAUGGGUGGCUUUGUGUCUGCAUUGCUGCAUCAUUCAAAAAGGCCAUUAGUAACCUUCUAAGACAAUUGAAGCUUCUGUAUUCUGAAAAUAAUGUUAAAAUUAGGAUCAACUUUUGGCUUUAAUUUCCUUUCAAUUGUAUCAUAACUAUAGGGAUUAUCAUGCAAUUCUUUCCACAGGGUAUCUUCACCAACAUUCCUUGUGGACGAAAUUGUAAGAUAUGAUUGAUCGAUCUCCCUCUGCAAUUUGUAUUUUGUCUUUGUUUGUACUAUUUUACGUUUCAACAGUUCCAAAAAAAAAGCUCAGCUCAAGUUCACUUGCUUGGAGCUUGGAACUUGGAGCAGUGUGUAUAUGAUUUUGCAACAGUGUAUUAUUCGGGAAGUGUUCUUGAUAUAAUUUAAUAAAGGUAAAUUGAUGAAAUUUUCUCCAA